AUGAAGGGUGCUGAUUUUUGGGAGUAUGAAUUGAAGGGGGAUGUUAGUUGGUAUUGGAAGAAAAUUUUCCUUCUAAGGAAGAGAUUUAGCAAGCACAAUGUGAUAGCUGCUGUUACAAAUGGGAAGUUUAGAGCUUCUCGGCUUUAUAAUGGUCUCUUACAGCAGAAUAUUGAUUGUUAUGAUAAGGCUGUUUGGUGUAAUUUAUUGCUGCCCAAGCAUAGAUUCAUCCUUUGGCAGGUGGUUCAUGGUCAUCUCCUCACAAGAGACAACUUUUCCAAGUUUCACAUUGAGUUAGAGACUAAAGGUUGUCAUGUUUGCAACUUUGAAGAGGAGAGUCAUAGUCAUUUGUUUUUCAGUUGCAGAUACUCAAGAAUUGUUGUGCAGCGAAUCUUUGACUGGUGUGGGUAUUUGUCGUGGCCAUUGGACUUCAAUGGCUGGUUAUGUUGGUUGUCUAGUAAAAAUCCUGGUAUAAUCAUUCUUGUAAUUGCUGUCACAGUUUAUAUGAUUUGGAAGAAUAGAAACCACUGUGUCUAUAAUGAUAGUUGUUAUAUUGUGUUGAAAUCAGUAAAGGAAAUUAAACAUAUAGUUCAUGAUAGGGUGUAUAACAUGAAGGAUAGGAAAGUUGUGCUUGCUGAAAAAGGCUUGUUUUUGCGCCUUCUUCAGUAG